AUUUCUGCGUCCUUCUGUUUCUGUCAGUUUUGUGUGUGUACACCACGUGCGGCAUUAAUAAAUAAUUCUUAAAAUUUGUGAUUUUACCGAAGAAAACUUGAAGAAGUCAUGGCUGUAAUGCAGCGUGUAGUGAAAGCCAAGACGAGGAAAGGCAAGAAAGUGCUGGUGACGCGCGAACCGCAACUCAUCGAAGGUGUGAAGAGACCCCUGUUUUUGCAAGGCAGAAAGUGUUCGGAGAAAGUAAGGAAUGUUAUGAAGGAUAUUUAUCAUUUGAAGAAACCGGAGGCUGUGAAAUUAUCACAGAAAAAUGACAUAACCAUAUUUGAGAACGUCGCUCCUGUGGAGCAGUUCUGCAAGAAAUAUCAGACGCCAAUCUUCAUGUUCGGAUCACACAACAAGAAGAGGCCAGACAAUCUUGUGGUCGGUCGCAUGUUCAAUUAUUCUUUGUUGGAUAUGAUUGAGUUGGCUGUCGAUUACAUUGAGCCGAUGAGCGAGUUCAAAGGACAGAAGAUGGUCAUGGGAACGAAACCCAUGUUGGUGUUCAAUGGACCAUCGUGGGAUCAAAGCGAUGAGCUCAAGCAGUUGAAGUCGAUUUUCGUGGAUUUCUUCAAAGGGGAGAAAUGCGAGGCUAUCAGGUUGGCUGGAUUGGAGCAUGCUAUUAGUUUCACGGUGACCAAAGAUGGACGGAUUUUGUUGCGUUCCUACAAAGUCUUGUUUAAGAAGUCCGGCUGCAAAACGCCAAGGAUUGAAAUGGAGGAAAUCGGACCAAGGAUAGAUUUCACAUUGAGACGCAGCAAAUUGCCGACGGAGGACUUGAUGAAGCAGUCGUGCAGGAAGCCGAAGGAGCUGAAGGUUGUCAAGAAGAAGAACAUCUCUACUGAUGGUCUGGGAACGACGCACGGACGCGUCCAUCUGGGUAAACAGGAGGUGAACAAGCUGCAGACCAGGAAGAUGAAGGGUCUGAAGAAGAGCGUGACGGAGAAGAAGGCUGAGCGCAAGGCGAAAAAGGCAACUAAACAGAAUACGGUGCCUCCGGUUGCUUGAUGAUCGUCGACCGGACGUGCUGUGUAUAUUUUUUAAGUAAUAUUUAUGUAAAUUUAGAUUUACGUAUUGAAAGUUAGUAUUUACGUUGAUUAUAAUGAUUUCAUUACAUUUAUGAUGACCGUAUCAUUUAUUUUUUACUUUGUAAAUAUAUUCUUUUAUAUAUAUUAUUAAUAACUUUUACUUAAGUUAUACAAGUAUCAAUGUUUUCAUACAAGAUUCGUUCCCCAAGUCCAUUUCCUCCGAGUCUUCUGAAACGCAAUUAAUUUUAAACUAAUAUAGAUUAUUUUUAUCUGUUAAAAAUCUUUCAUUUCCCUGCCUUUUGCCGUCAUUUUUUGUUAACCCAAAAGCAAGAAUGGUGCAAAUCUUCAAACGAAAACAAAUCUUGAAAUUUCUCUUACAU